AUGGAUAAAAAUAGUGAAGCUACUACUAAUGUUAAGAAUGCUGGUAAGAAUAAGCCUGUGACUAUUGUGGCCUCGCCGAAGAUUGUCUUGAAUGGAGAGAGAGAAAAGAAUGAUGAGUCUGAAUCAUUGUUGCCAUCUAGGAGAGGUGGGUUGUCAAAGAAGUUAGCGAAUCCGAGGAGGAAAGUGCAGUGGAAUGAUAAAAAUGGAGAUAAGCUCGUCGAGGUAUUGGAAUAUCAACCAAGUGAUGUGAGUGACUCUGAUGACGAGGAUUCGGAUUCUUGCAUCUGUACUAUAAUGUAG